AUGCCUCGAGCAAAGACGGCGAAGCGCUACCGCAAGCUCAUGGAGAGGUACUCCAUGACCUUUGGGUUUCGCGAGCCCUACCAAGUCCUCGUUGACUCUGAGCUCCUCGCCGACGCGUGCCGCUUCAAGAUGGACCUUAUCAAGGGCUUCGAGCAGACGCUGAGCGGCAAAGUCAAGCCGCUCAUCACACAGUGCUCAAUGCGCCACCUCUACGCCAAGAACAGGGAGCCGGGUGUCGCGGACGCCAUCGAGCUCGGAAAGACAUUUGAGCGACGUCGAUGCGGACAUCACCCCGACCAGUACCCAGAGCCUCUCAGCACCCUGGAUUGUUUAAGCUCUGUCGUGGACCCGAAGGGCUCGGGGAUCAACAAGCACAGAUACGUCGUGGCGAGCAACGAUCUCGAGACGCGAGCCUCUCUGAGACUGGUCAAGGGCACGCCGCUUCUGUACAUUUCGCGGAGCGUCAUGAUCAUGGAGCCCAUGGCGGACGAGUCGGUACAGCACAGAUCCGCCGACGAGCGCGCCAAGCUGCGGGCAGAGAUCAAGCGGUUCAGCGACGGCAAGAAGAGGAAGCGCGAAGAGGACGACGAUGCCGAGGACAAUAAUGCAGGGGACGGCUCACCACAGAAGCGCGCGGCGGCAGACCAACCGGAAAAGAAGAAAAAGGCGAGAAAGGGCCCCAAGGGCCCCAAUCCAUUGGCAGUGAAGAAGGCGAGCAAGCCAAAGGCCGGCGAGCCGCAGAAUAGCAACUCGAAGAAGGCACAGCCGGCCGAGCCUGUAGUCAAGGACGGGCCAAAGCGGAAACGCAGGAAGAACAAGUCCCAAUCCGAGGCUCAGAGCGGUGAAGGGGCAGAGAACAACGCAUCUGAGGGACCGCAAGCAGCGGCCGGGGGUGGCGACUCGGACUAA